AUGGUUCUUCUCGUCACCUCCGAUAACGAGCAGUUUGUCGUUGACAAGGAGGUCGCCGAGCGCUCCGUCCUUAUCAAGAACAUGCUCGAGGAUGUCGGUGAGACCGACCAGCCUAUCCCGCUGCCCAACGUCUCGUCAAGCGUCAUGAAGAAGGUUCUGGAGUACUGCGAGCACCAUCGGGGAGAGAAGCUCCCCACCGCUGACGAGUCGCAAGACGAGAACCGCAAGCGGACAACGGACAUCAGCGAAUGGGACUCGAAGUUCAUCGCCGUCGACCAGGAGAUGCUCUUUGAGAUCAUUCUUGCCGCCAACUACCUCGACAUCAAGCCUUUACUCGAUGUCGGCUGCAAGACGGUGGCAAACAUGAUCAAGGGCAAGUCGCCUGAGGAGAUCCGCAAGCUGUUCAACAUCGUCAACGACUUCACGCCGGAAGAGGAGGCCCAGAUCAAGAAGGAGAACGAGUGGGCAGAGGACCGCUAA